GCGGCUGCCGGGCUGGCUGGGGAGGGGGGCGGGGCGUGCGAGAGCGGCCAUGGCGGGGCAGCAGUUCCAGUACGAUGACAGCGGCAACACCUUCUUCUACUUCCUGACCAGCUUCGUGGCCCUCAUCGUCAUCCCCGCCACCUACUACCUGUGGCCGCGGGACCAGCACGCCGAGCAAAUUCGCUUAAAGAAUCUAAGAAAAGUCUAUGGAAGGUGCCUGUGGUAUCGUUUGCGAUUAUUAAAACCUCAGCAGAAUAUAAUUCCUACUAUAAAGAAAAUAAUUUUGCUUGCUGGAUGGGCACUCUUUUUGUUUCUUGCUUACAAAGUUUCCAAAACAGACAGAGAAUACCAGGAAUACAAUCCAUAUGAAGUAUUAAAUUUAGACCCAGGAGCGACUGUGUCAGAAAUUAAAAAACAAUACCGUUUGCUAUCACUGAAAUACCAUCCAGAUAAAGGAGGCGAUGAAGUUAUGUUCAUGAGGAUUGCUAAGGCCUAUGCAGCGUUAACUGAUGAAGAAUCUCGAAAAAAUUGGGAAGAAUUUGGCAAUCCUGAUGGACCACAAGCUACAAGCUUUGGGAUUGCAUUGCCAGCUUGGAUUGUGGAUCAGAAGAAUUCUAUUUUGGUUUUGUUGGUGUACGGAUUAGCAUUUAUGGUUAUUCUUCCAGUGGUUGUAGGUUCCUGGUGGUAUCGAUCAAUACGCUACAGUGGAGACCAGAUUCUCAUUCGUACAACUCAAAUCUAUACCUAUUUUGUUUAUAAAACAAGAAAUAUGGAUAUGAAAAGGCUUAUAAUGGUUUUAGCUGGAGCAUCUGAAUUUGACCCUCAGUAUAAUAAAGAUGCCACAAGCCGACCUGUAGAUAACAUUCAAAUACCGCAGCUCAUCAGAGAAAUUGGCAGCAUCAAUUUAAAGAAGAAUGAACCUCCCCUUACCUGCCCAUACAGUUUGAAAUCCAGAGUGCUCUUAUUGGCUCACCUGGCCAGAAUGAAAGUUCCUGAUACACUUGAACAAGAUCAGCAGUUUAUCCUGAAGAAGUGUCCUGCUUUGCUUCAAGAAAUGGUUAAUGUAAUCUGUCAGCUUAUAAUAAUGGCACGUAGCCGUGAAGAAAGAGAAUUCCGUGCUCCUUCAUUGGGUUCCCUAGAAAACUGCAUGAAGCUUUCACAGAUGACUGUGCAAGGUCUUCAGCAGUUUAAGUCUCCACUUUUGCAACUCCCACAUAUUGAAGAAGACAAUCUCAGACGAGUUUCUAAUCAUAAAAAGUACAAAAUCAAAACUAUACAAGAUUUGGUGAGUUUAAAAGCAUCAGAUCGUCACAAUCUACUGCACUUCCUUGAAGAUGAAAAAUAUGAAGACGUUAUGGCUGUCCUGGGAAGUUUUCCCCAUAUCACCAUGGAUAUAAAACCCCAGGUUCUGGAUGAUGAAGACAGCAACAACAUCACAGUAGGAUCCUUAGUCACAGUUUUGGUCACUCUAACAAGACAGACAAUGGCAGAAGUGUUUGAAAAGGAACAGUCUACCUGCUCAGCUGAAGAGCAGCCUGCAGAAGAUGGGCAAGGAGAUGCCAACAAAGUAAAAAACAAAGGAUGGCAGCAAAAGAAUAAAGGCACCAAGAAGGCCUCAAAAUCAAAGAAAAAGAAGCCUUUGAAGAAAAAACCGGCUCCUGCACCUCUGCAUCAAACGAAACAGCAAAAGCAAAAGCAAGCAAAUGGGAUUGUUGGAAGUGAAGUUGUAAAGGAAGAGGAUGAUGAAACUUCUGAUAAAGGAAGUGAAUCUGAUGAAGAUGACACUAACAGAGACUCUCUAAGUGACAAAGAUGAUGGAAGCGAAAGAGAUUCUGACAGAGAGCCCGAUGAGAAACAAAGCAAGGAUGAUGAAGCUGAGUGGCAAGAAUUACAGCAAAGUAUACAGAGAAAGGAACGAGCUCUUUUGGAAACGAAAUCAAAAAUAACGCAUCCUGUUUACAGUCUCUACUUUCCUGAGGAAAAACAAGAAUGGUGGUGGCUGUAUAUUGCAGAUAGGAAAGAACAAACGUUAAUAUCUAUGCCAUAUCAUGUAUGUACACUAAAAGACCAAGAAGAGGUAGAACUAAAGUUUCCUGCACCUGGCAAACCUGGAAAUUACCAAUAUACAGUCUAUCUGAGAUCAGAUUCCUAUAUGGGUUUGGACCAGAUUAAACCAUUGAAGUUGGAAGUUCAUGAAGCAAAACCAGUGCCAGAGAAUCAUCCACAGUGGGAGACAGCAAUAGAGGGAGAUGAAGACCAGGAAGACAGUGAGGGCUUUGAAGACAGUUUUGAGGAAGAGGAGGAAGAGGAGGAUGAAGAUGACUAAACAGUACUAUGAACUAACUACGUUACUUGGGACAUCUCUGCAAACUGGCCUGGGAUUGAAUAAACAAAAACAAAGCAGGAGUACUGAGAAAGUGGAUUUUUUAGUUUCUCUUUACCAAUUAUGAGUGCUUUAUGUAACUUCCCAGUGGAAGUCUGUCGGUCAUUUGACAUAACCUGGAAGAUGCUUAUGACUCUCUACAGCCUCAAAGUGCAGGACAGUGCAUUUAUUUCAAAUGAAAAAAUAAAAGUUUUUUAUUCUAAAUGUCCAAAAGUGUGGGCUAUGUUGUCUGAUCAACUUUUGGUCCAAUAUAUUAAGAGGUACUAUUAUUACAUAGAAGCAGUCUUUAAAUCAACUUUUCACACUAGAAGAAAUUUUAUUUUAGAAAUUGUUUAAAGUCUCCAUUUGCAUUUAACAACCCCUCAAGUUUUUGUCUUGGUAAAAUCCAAGAGGUCUUUUGCAGUGCUACAUGAACAUUACUGAAGCUGAUAUUAUUCAUGGCUUUAAGCUGUGUUUUGCUCACUUUGGAUAUAAGAAACUGGCAUUCUGCCCUUUGUAGGGUACAUUCCAUGUCACGAGGGCUGCUUUUUAAGGUCUUUACCUACCUUAUGGAUUUCUGGGGUGGGGUGUGGAGUGGAGGGCCCUGCCAGGAUUCUUGUGCAGAUUAUAAGUAUUUCUUGAAUAAGAAACCUCUUACUGAUUACUUAAAAACAUGUUUAAGCAUCUAAUAUGGGCAAAUCAUACAGAAUUUAUUUCUUUGGAUAAAGCUGUAUGUAUAAAAUGAACCAUGGGACCAUGUUACAUACAUGUACAGCAGUGGCUUUUGUAAAAGAUAGCUUUUGUAAAAGGUAAAAGCUGAAAUUUUGUCUUUUAAUCUACUUUACCCUUUCACAAGCCUUUAAAUCAGACACACACAGACAUGCUGGUAUGUUUUUUGUAUUUAUUGAAUAAUUCAAAAUAAACUAGACUAAAAUUGAUAGAACUUUGCAUUGUAAAAGUGCAUUUUUCCUCUAUAUCGAGGGCUGAACAGGGAUAUUAGCAUGGAGAGACAGGCUUGAUUCCCAACAAUUGCUUUUGAUUUUUAGGUGUAUAGCUGGGGUAUUCUGUGAAGGAUAAGCAAGAUCUUUCAGUAAAAUCCAUUUUUUUCUCCCCACAUGUAAAGGUAAUGACUUUAUUGAUGUGGUUGGAAGCUACAGAAAUACAUUCAAUGUCAAUCAUGUAGUAAGACCUCUGUCUCUAAGUGUUGAGGAACUACAAGGCUGAAAUACGUUGUGACAAAUACUUUUGCAGUACAGAAAAAUGUUCAUAUAAUGGAACACGCCCCAAAGUCAAAAGACCUGCUCGCUAAUUUGUGACCUUGUUUAUUAAAUAGAGGAUUGUCACUUUAAAUGCAAACUUUCAUUGAUAUUUCUUUGUAAUUGCAAUAGUUGCAAAUAAAAUUUGGAAAAUGC